CCGGAAGUUUUUACUUCCCCCGCAUCAUCCCCAAAUGCCUCCGGGAAAGCUAUCUCUCUCCCAGCCUACACAUUCUCAGUUUCCCGUCCCUCCCUCAGUCCGACCCUGUUGGCCAAUAUGGAAAUAUUCUUACUCUGUCACCCCAAUUUCGAGUCGAAUCCAGUCUCCUUGGUCACAUUUCGCUCAAAGGGAUAACAUCUAUCUCAUACUCCAGACGGGCCAGUCUGGGGAUGUGUUUGACUAUUUAGGCUCACAAACCAGGAUGAAAAUAGUUUGGGGAGCCCAGACUUUGGCAAGUUGGCCCUUCUCGACCCGCCAUGGAGACCUCUAACAUACGGAUAGGAGGAUAUCGAAUUGACAUCUCUGGUGAAAAAGACUAUUCCUAGUGGGAAUUUCUUUCAAGAUCCUCAACCCGCAUUAGUGGCGAUCGGGCGUUCACCCGUUCUAGCUAUUAAGUAUCUCCACCAAGAAAACGUGAGUCUAGCCUUCCAUCUAUCAAUUCGCGGUCCCUCCUAAAGAAAAUAGAUACGUCGUUUUCAGAUCCGGUUUGUUUUAGAAGAAGACUACCGGGCCGCGGUAGCAGGCCUGGAGAAGAUAAAUUGCUUGGUGAAGCCUCCACCGGCCCCUCAAGAUGUCACAGAACAAACUUCGAAAGGACCUUCUGCUCCAAUAGUACUUCAAGUGGUUGCUCCUGCUUCUCAUCCAAUACCAGAUCACAACCCCAGCCAACGUUCGCCUCCAAGGACCCCAUCCAACAGCCUUCCUAGCUCCACUUCAUCCGAUAGCACUGUUACAGCCACUCCUCUUGGAUACCCUUCGAUGCCGCCACCAAAAGAUGUGCAGCAAUCACAAUCAUUCUUUAGCACUGAACAAAGCAAGGCCUAUCCGAAGACACCAAUCAGGCGCGGAGGGUUCAAACUGCCCUCGGGAGGCACUUGUACAGGCUCCUCUAGCACUUAUCCCUCAAGCCCACCGGAGCCGUAUCAUACCUCCGACCCAGUCCAAGACCUUCCAGCACCACGCCCUCCCCCAGAUCUAAGCAAUCGCGAACAACUCAAAACUUCCACAGUACGGGUUUCAAGCAUCGGUAGAAGCAGCUUGGCGAGUGUUCUCCCGCCCCUACCCCAACCAACUCCUGUCAGGCCUUUAAGGGAACCAUCACGGGCGCAGACAUCUGCCGGCUACAUUUCUCAGCAUCUGCCAACCCCUGAUUCGAACCACGGGGUAUUUCAUCAGAUCAAUCACGAGGGCCUAAACAGCAAACAGACAACCCUCAUCUAUCCUGACUCUGUCCACCGGAAUAUGCCGAGUUUUCCCCCCGAUAAUAAGCAUAAACAGGAGGAUAGGCUACCCCUCCAGUCCCCUAUCCCCGAGGAAAGCGACAUCCCCAACCAUCUCCCGCACCCUAGUGGCAAACCCAAUGGCACCUAUACAAGGGACGAUCCCCCGGUGGGGAGUAAACGGGGAAUGAGGGUGGAUGAUAAUGAGCACAUAAAUGAGCACAAGCAAAAGAAGAGGCAUCUCAUUAACAUUGAUGAAGAACGGGUACGCGAGGAAGAAGACUUUGCACAGAUGGAGGAGUUCAUUAUCAAUGCCAUCCAUGACGAUAGCUUCGUAAGAUUAGUUGAGCGAAUAGGUGGAAUUUGGCAGAGGAUGGGGUUUGAGAAGGCCGUGCCGAAACUAUUUACAGAGGAAUAAGGUCGAUACCUAGAAGAUAUGGGCAGCAGUUGAUGCGCGAAUGUGCAUAAUACCAGAUCGGGUUCAGUUUAUACCAAUUAUUCGGUUUGCCGAUAUUUUAGAGGCUUGUUUUUUUUUUCGGAAGAGAAGUCCCGGUUGUUCCUGAAGGUCCUCCCUACAUUUGCAAUCUAAAUCAUGUAUUAUCACCCAAAAGUACUUGGUUGCUGUCCCGCACGCCUCAGGAAAAAAAUGCAUUUGCCCUACUCAAGUUCUGCGGUAACGCUAGUUCCAAGACUGAUCCUGAAUCAGAAAUCAGGGUGCGCCAAAUAUGAUACCGUAUAAGAUAUAUCAUACAGUAUGUCAUAGCACACCUUAGACCUUGGGCUCCAGUGGUUGUACCCUUAAACAACCAAAGAAACUAAAAAAGUAUAAUAAGAAAAAAAAUACCUCAAGUUACACAUUACUGUAGAAAAUUAGUUUUCUCCCCACGACCCGAAAGUAAAUCCAGACACCGGCGUCUCGGCCAAAUUUCGGAGGAUCGGCAACAAUCGAGCCCCCCCCCGGGAAAUGAUAUCGCAGUGAGAAAAUGCCCACCACCACCAAAACGCACAGCCCAACCCCAACCACGUUCACCACCCCCCAUCAUCCACCAAAACAAAACGAAGCAAAGAAGAAAAACUCCCAAAUCCCUUCGAACCCUCCCCCCCACAACCGCAACCACAUAAUUUAACCCAACCACAGUCCAAAUAAACCCGCGAACCCAUCUCCAGCGCAAGAACCUCCUCAAAAAAAGACAUGAGCCCCACCUCUGAGAAGAAGACUCGCACUGAAACGCACGACGAGGCAGUCCAAGUAUAUAACGGCUUAUAGUACCCACCCGCCUACCAUAUCCGAGCAGAGAUGGGUGUUCACUGGUAUUGAGGUAUUAUAUUAUGUGUGUACAAUAGAUAAAUAGAUAUUACUGUAUUCCCCACCUAUUUUAAGGGGGUGAGGACGGAAGCAUGGACGGGACUAUUGUGUGGUGUUUGGUUGGAGCAAAAAAAGUGGAAAUAUCUGGGGAUCCCAACAUAUCAUACAUAUUAUAUCAGACAUACCAGUUUUGAGAUUUUUUUUACCUAGUGGGGUGGAAAUGUUUAAUUGGGGGUGUGCUUUUGGUUAUUUCAAGUCCCAGCGAAUAGGGUAGGUAAUAUUUGAGCUCGGGUAUGUACAGUACAGUAACUGGUAUGAUACGGCAAGUUAUUUGUUCCCGCGGAUAAAGUAUAGACAUGGAAGAAGGGGAAGAAGGGAAGAAGGAAACGAGGAAAGAAGGAGAGGAGGAAAGAAAGAAAAAUAAAAGUUCAAAGAAAGGGUAUAAACGCCAGAAAUUUAGUCAAUCAUAAUAAUUUAACAGGAUCUAGUUAGACAGAGAGGGAGAAAGCAUCGGGGGGGAGUUUAUACACCCGAAAGACACGAAACAGUUAAGAGAAAAAAAAUAAAAGGGGAAAGGAAAAGAUCUAAUUAUUACUCGAAGUUACACCAAUCCAAAUCUGAAUUUUCCUUAUCCUCCGGAUCUUCGGAUAGCAUUGGACUCGAAUCGUCGUCUGGGGUUUGUUCCUUGCGAUACAUUCCCCCGGGUCCGGCCAUUCCCAUUGUAUCAAGCGAAGCAGCGGUACCCGCAACAACCUCCGAUCCUUCCGCUCUAUUCCCGACCGGAUGAAGCUUCCCAGCAGCGAUAUCAUUAUCGUGAUGGUCGUUGCUGCUGGCGUCUGCCAUUCUUUGACCAGUUUUGGCAACAUCCACAGUCCCAUCCUCAGUAAUUGGCCCGGCGGCAUGGGCAACGUAGUCGGCUCUGUCCAAGUCUCCACCCUUACGGCUCUCAUAGGGCAUUUCGAACGCGCCCGCUGCGCCUCUCGGUUCAGAGUUGUCAUCGCCUUCGUCCUCAUCGUCACCGUCGCCGCCUUCAUCGCCCUGCUUCCCCCUCUCAAGAGCAGAAUCAGACUCGAUGGGCUUAUUCCCAAUCGGCGCUUCGUAUUCAGCGUCAGUUAGAUCACUGGGUGCAUCGCUAAGCUCACUGGAUGAGUUGUCAGAUCUAAUAAGAAAGCCGCCGCUUGCUCUCUCCUUUUGAUUCUGCAUCUCCUUCUCCUCUCCUUGCCGCAGCUCCAACUCUAGCUCUAACUCUAGCUCCAGAUCAGCCUCAUCGUCAUCCUCAUCUAGAGUAUACUUCACGCGUGCAGCUGUCUUAGCAGUGGUGGCGAGUCGAGUACUCCUUCGAGGCGGUAUCCCACUUCCCUGUUGCUUUAGGAAUUCGCCACUUCCACUAGCAUCAGAGUCGGAGCCUGCGUAAAAGUUGUAUUUGUAAUUGAAUUUGGAAGAUCUACGACUGCCGUGCUGGGCCCUGGAGAAGGUGCUCGAGUCAGAAUCUUCGCUCUCUUCCGCUUCCUCCUCUUCUGACUCGGUAAUGACUUUUCGCCCACGAGGUUUUCUCGCGUUGCGUUUAGCUUUAGUAGCGGUGGUAGACUUGGACCUUGCUGUUUUCUUAGGGGUAGUCUUGGUAGCAGAAGCCAAAUAGUGAGAAGCACGGGGACUUCCGCGUCGUUGUUCAAGAGCCUGAGGUUCUUUAGUCAGUUUCCUAGUAAGACGAGGCUCCGAUUCCUCAGACACAGAGAAGAAACCGCCACGAAAACCACCAAACUCCUCUUCGUCCGCUUCGACAACCUCCACGACUCCCUUUUCAACGGCUUUACUCCAAUUAUUCGCCAUCAUAGUCAUUGGAUGGUGCGUGACCUCCUGCUCUUCCGGUAUCCGGCUGACAUGAUCUAAUAUGCGCAGCUUCGUAAGGAAGCGUCGCCACAUACAGAGCGCUUUCAUAUCACGAUUCCUAGCUGCCUUUUCGUCCUGGGCUUCAACCAGUCCUUCAUGCACCGCUGCUAUAGCCUCUCUGUAUUCCUUAGCGACUACGAUGCCGGUAGCAACGGGGUACGCGUGGCCGUGACGGUAUUCGAAGCCCGUCUGUUUCUAAGAGUUAAUAGCUGCGGUAAAGUGUCUAGAGGAGAUGAGGAAGUUACGAUGGCCGGGGCGAAGUCAACGCCCACAAGUCUCGCGGCUUUGUCAACAUUUUUCUCUACCCAACCAGGCCCAUCCAUUAGCAUCCCAUCUUCUCUACAAAUACAAAGAGAACAGUCAACAUACGAGGCAAAUGCACUGCCCCCUUCGGCAACAUCGACUCCACAAACAAGUCGAUAUUCCCAAACUUGUUCUUGACCAACCUCCCAUUCACCAAAGGCUCUGGAACGCAAAGCUCUGUUUGUGAUUCGGCGUACAGACCACUCAUCUCGGGUUCCACGUUGCCGCUCCUUGCAUUGCGAAGUUUGGUGCUGGGUAGACGAACAGCUUUCACAUACUUUAUGGGUUUGUUUUUUUCCUCUGGCUUCACCGCCCGGCCCAGACGUAUCCAGUUUUCGAGCGAGCGGAGCUUUAUCACAUCCUCACGGCGGUAUACAGGUUCUGUCUUUUUGUUCUUGCCAAACCCAGUCGUUAGAGUACCACAUUUUCGCAGUAUCUUGAAGGAUUCAUCGCGCUUGAGGUGGCGUUCAAUAACGUAUCUGUUUGGUGCCAGUAUUGUAAGUUAAGGCGGUGGCGGUGGUAACAGUGGACAGAGAGGAGGGGGAAGCACAAUGGAUGUCCCUUGAUAUACUUGAGGCUUUUCGGGAUAGGCUCGUGAAGUAUCUUGUUAGU